CAUUUAAUAGUUGGUGCACGGGUCUAUAUACAUAUAUAUGCAGAUUAAAAUAGAAUGCAGUGGAACCAUAUUAAUGGUCAUUUUAAAAGUCGGAAAACUUUACAUUUCUAAAUCUAUCACUUAAAAUGAAAGAAAAAUGGUAUUCUAUUCUCCUAAGAAAGCAUUGCCAAUUUUUUUCAUUACCUUCCAUUCACUUCAUCUCAAUGUAUUUUAUUUUUAUUAUUGUAUCUGUUUCUCUUUUCUCUACCACUGUGUAUGUCUUUGUUUAUAUGUUUGUGCUGUAUAUGUUACUGGUAGUCUGGGUCUCAACUCUCAAUGAACCAGGAAGUGGUAGACUUCUCAUAUCCUGUUUGCUCAACUGUGGUCACCCUUGACACGCCAUCCUCAAUUACCCACAUUGACUCACCUGUGGAAAUUGAUCCAUUGUCUAGUUUCACCUCACUUUCCUGUACCCCUCUUCCGCUGGAACUCCACAUAGAUGAAGAUGGUUGUUCAACCCCUUCUUUUACUGCUGGUUCAACUGUCAUAGUUCCAUCUAAAAAAGAAAGUACCAGCAUUGUCACCUCGGAUAUCACUUCUUUAGAGAGCUUCAGUGUUUCUGUUACCCUAAAGCAACCCGUUAAAACUGAACUUAAUAGCUCAGCUAGUCAGUCAGUCACUGAAGUUUCUUUUGAUAAAGCCUCAGGUUCACUGGGAAAGAAUUCAAGUAGUUCCAGUUCUCCUACUUCUCGGAAUACUUAUGUAGUAGAUGUUUCCAAUUCAAGUCCAGUUACUUCGCCUAUACAAUGUAGUCCAACUCAGAGUCCAGCACCCGUACAUCAUGGUCAAGAGAUACUUGAAAAGAAUGGAUGUCCAGUAACGCCAACAACUGCCGAAACAUUGCCAAUGUCUGCUAGCCCAGUAACCUCUCCAAGACUAUCUGGUCAGGUUUCAAGUCGUAUUCCCAAGAGUCCGGUGUUAAUUCCAAAGCUCUCAAGUCCAGUUCCAAAUCUUUUAAAUCCUGUGACUGUCCGCAGUGUCGCUAGCUCAGAAAUGGCUUCCAAAAGUUGUAGUCCAGAAUUAGUCCCUCAGAUUUCACACCCAGUAAUAUUUCCAAAAAAUUCAAAUCCAACGGUAAUUCGAAAAAGUGAAAUCCCAGUUCCAAAAAGUCCUGCAUUAGUCAUUAAAAACACCUACAUGGUUGCAGAUCCUAGUAGCAAUCCCAGAGAGUCACCAGUAUUGCUCCCUGUUGCAUCAUUAACUAGCCCAUCUUCCCCUCCUACUAAGAAUCAGCGAAGUGAAAUAAUGGAUUUAGCAUGGCCAUGCCGGGAGCCUGCAUUGGAUAAUGCCUUAGAUAAACUUUUAGCGCCUGACUUCACUCAACCAGAUGAGAUCCAACCACCUAGUUCUUUUAUGCCUGGGGAUGAGUGCAGACCAUGGGAUGAAGAUGAUAGCAUCUACCCAGAUGUGAGCCGAGAGGGGACCCUAACACCAAUGACUGAGGCUAGUUGGAUUGAUGAGUGUUUCACCCCCUCCACAUGCCCAGGAACACCAGAUGCGACGCUGGAUCUACCUACACAACAGCCAUCUGCCGUUGAGCGUUUAUCAGCUUCUGGCCAAGUAGGAGAGACAUCAAAUCGGCUCCCAUAAUAAGAUGGCAUGAAUUAAAUGUAGUAACUGUACAUUAUUUCUCAAAUAUCUCAUUUUGUUCAAAAUAAUGUGGCAAGAAGUAAAUGCAGUAACUGUAGAAAAUAUCCCAAAUUCCUUUAUUUUGCCCAAAAUAAGAUGGCAUGAAGUAAAUGUAGUAACUGUAGAAAAUAUCCCAAAUAGCUCAUUUUGGGUGAGAAGUUCCUACAAGCAAACACAUGCUGCAGAAAAGUACAUUGUACAAAUCCAAUUCCAAUCAAGUUGAGACAUUGUUAAACAUGAAAAUGGAAUACAAUGAUUUGCAAAUGACGUGCAACCUAUAUUUAAUUGAAGAUACGGCAAGGAAGAUAUUUAAUGUCUGAACGUUUUAGCAAAAUAAUCAUUAGCUUUGAAUGUUAUGGCUGCAACACAUUCCAAAAAAAGCUGGGACAGGGUUAUGUUUAUCACUGUUAAAAGAAUGUUUCAUCCCUUCACCACUUUUCUUUUAACAACAUUCAAUAAAUGUUUGGGAACUGAGGACACCCAUUGUUGAAGCUUUGCGGGUGAAAUUGUUUCCCAUUCUUGCAUGAUGUACAGAUUCAGCUGUUCAACAGUCCGGGGUCACCGUUGUCGUAUUUAAUGCUUCAUAAUGGGCCACACAUUUUCAAUGGGGAAAGGUCUGGAUUCCAAGCAGUUCAGUCUAGUACCCGCACUCUUUUACUACUACACACUGUUGAGACACUGCAGAACGUGGUCUAGUAUUGUCUGCUGAAAUAAGCAGCGGUGUCCAUGAAAAAGAUGUUGCUUUGAUGGCAGAUAGCAGAUCCAUCCAAAACCUGUUUGUACCUUUCAGUAUUAAUGGCGCCUUCAUAGAUGUUUAAGUUACCCAUACCAUUGGCACUAACACCACUCAUUUCCAUCACAGAUGCUGGUUUUUUAACUUUGCGUCCCUGACAGUCCAGAUGGUUCUUUUCCACUUUGGUACAGAGGACACAACUUUUUUCCAAAAACAAUGUGAAAUGUGGACUUGUCAGACCACAGAAUACUUUUAUACUUUGCAUCAGUCCAUUUUAGAUGAACUAGGACCCAGAGGAGGCAGCGGCGUUUUUGCAUGUUGUUGAUAAAAGCUAUUGCUUUGCGUAGUAGAGUUUUAAGUCGCACUUGCAGAUGUCGCGCCAAACUGUAUUUACUGGCAUUGUUUUUCCUGAAGUGUUCCUAAGUCCAUGUGGUGAUAUCCUUUACACAUUGGUGUCUGUUUUUGGUGCAGUUACGGGCAUUCAAUGUUGGUUUUCAGCCUUGCCGUUUAAAUGGCGUGGGUUCUCCAGAUUCUAUGAAAUUUUCAAUGUUAUGGACUGUAUAUGAUGAAAUCCCUAAAUUCCUUGCAAUUGUACUGAAUGUUGAGGAACAUUGUCCUUAGACUAUUUUCUCACACACUUAUUCACAAAGGGGUGAACAUCGCCCCAUCUUGCUUGUGAAUGAUGAAUGAAAUUCAGGAAAGUUCCUUUUAUACCCAGUCGUGGCAGCUGCCUGUUCCCAUUUAACCUGUUCAAAUGUGGGAUGUUGCAAACGGGUGUUUGAUGAGCAUUCUCCAAUUUUUUUGCCACCUCUCCCAGCUUUUUUUUUGAACAUGUUGCAACCACAAUAUUCCAAGUUAAUGAUUAUUUGCUAAAAACGCUAAAGAUUAUCAUAAACAUUAAAUAUAUUGUAUUUGCUGUGUAUUCAAUUAAAUAUAGGGUCAACAUGAUUUGCAUAUCAUUGUAUUCUGUUUUAAUUUGUUUCACACAACAUCCCAACUUUAUUGGAAUUAGGUUUGUAUUUGAACUCGGAGUCAUCAGUGUUGUGUGAUGCAUGGUGUGUCACUGCAUAAGAAUUGCAAAAGGCUCUGAUGGGCUUGGUCUCCUUGGAGAGGUUUGUGGCUGAUGUCGAAAUAAUUGCUAAUAGGAUGACCGCAUGCCCCUACUUGCCUGAGUCAAUAAUUCUUUGUAACAGGACCUCGCCUGAGAUGUUUACGCAACCAGCAAUGAUACAAACAUCCAUAGUGCUUAUCUCCAGGGAGGCCAGAUUUGUACCCUGUCCCUCACAGAGAUUUAAAACUUUGGCAGUCUGCUUUUCUGUGCAAAUAUUCACCCCCCUUUGAUGCUCAUGAUAGAUUUGGCUCAUGCAAGCUGCUUUGCAAGUGGUUUGUGGUGGAUCUGUAUUGUCUUGGGUCUCUGGCGUGCCAUGCCUCACUUACCCGCAACAAAUGGCUUUGAGAUACAAUGACAGAAGACUCAAGUCGGUUAUACGUCGCACAAAAGAGACCUCCAACGUGCACCCGAUGUACAAGGAUGGAGUAGUCCGACAUAAAAUGGGACCUGUUAUUGUGAAUAAGAGUAUUUCACAAGAUCGCCUCAUUGAGGAGCUACAGGGAAAACUAGGAAUUGGCCGUCUGGAACGCCGGCGUAAACAACAGCCAGAUGACUGGUUAACUGAAGGAGUCAUCGUGAUGUCAAACCCACAGCGAAUACGGGAAGAAAGGGCGCUGCCACCUGUGGAUAAGGUAGACCUGAGAGACACAUAGAAUCAUGUUAACAUCCAGUUCAAAUCAACAGAUGAGAUUGAGUUGUGGUGAAUGAUCUGGGAAGUAAGUGGAAAAUGUUUUGUAACUUGUCAUUUUGUGGACAAGUUUUAGUGUAUCAAUUCUAUUUCCUACUUUUUCUUCUUCUUUCCUAAUUUUGUACUUUACUCGCUCUUUGCCAUUUCCCUUCUCACCCCCACUCCAGAUAAUCAUUCCUCCUGAGUCUCCUGUAACCCAGAGAAAAGUCCUUCCCUCUCUGAAGUCUCCUCCAACGCCCAAAAAGAUACCCCCAGUAAAACAGACACCACCGCCACUACCACUACCCCCACCUCCUCCGGUGCCUCCCCCUCCUCAGGAACCUAUCUCACUGGCUCCAAAGGAGCCUACUCCUCUCCCAAGGGAGCCCUUGCCUCCCCCCGUGCAGCCCCCUCCAUCACCAAGCCCCCCACCCAAGCCUCUCAAACUGCCUCCAUCCUCCAAGGUCUUUCUAUCAGUGUCCUGUCAGACCGAAUAUGACGGCCUCUUCCCACCUAUGCAGGCAUGGAUUACCUUUCUUCACCUCUUUCCCUAUAUUUUGUCCUAAAAUUGAAUCAAUUUUGUGAGCUUUAAAACUACGGCUGCCAUCUCUAAUUUUCUUGACCAUUGUAGCUGCGGUUCAUAGUGUCUAGAUUUAUGGCCGCUGCACGGUUGUGUAGUCCUUAAGUCUGUUUUUGGCAGCAAACUGGAAACGGAUAACCUCGGCGCGUCGCCUGAAACCUAGUCAGUCCAGGUUAUGAGUGUUGCUGGCACACAGGCUAGAGAUACUGAGCCCCUUUUUCUAAUUCUGACAUAUGACAGUGGCUAGAGUAGUGUGUUCUGAGUGGAGUUUAAGAGCUUAGAGGCAAGUUUGGUGUUACCCCUCAUGGCCAUGUGCAGCAGUAGUUAGCAUGUGGUGCAAGUGAAACCUCAUCUGCCAUAUGACAGCACAUUUACCACUACUUAUAGCCUUUCCUACUGGAGACACGUUGUUGCCAUAGCUCAAAGACCAGUAUACCAGUCUAUCAUCACCAUGAAUAGGGUGCAUUUUCUUUUUCUUUUCAGUCAAGAAAAGCCAAAAAAAUAACCCAUGCGCUAUAUCUUUCAUCACUGUUGCACUGCAAAUUCAAAAGGUAGGUACUGUAUAUACAGAGGUUUUAAUAUGGUAACUAAUUAUAGUGAGGUUGUGUUCACACACUUGGGUUUGGUCUCAUUAAAAACUGUAUUGUGUUUGCUCCACAGUUCAUUUGGUCAAUGUGAAUGCCAUCAUCUAAAGCCUGGUGCGCACCCAGCAAGUGGACCAUGUUCACUUGAACAACAGUUGUUUGGUUCACUUCAUCUUAAGUGUGAAAAUUACAUGGCGUAAAGACACCGAAAUUACAAAAUAUAACAAAUGAUCGUGUGCAAGCAACUGCAUGCUCAAGGAACUUUUAAUGUUUUUAAAAAUACAUUUUAGAAAUCUCACUUAGCAAGGAUAGUAGCUAAAGAUUUUAGGGAUUAUGGAACUCAGUAUUUUGUCGAGUUACCGUAGAGUUGUUAUUUUGAUAGCUCCAUCACACAAUGUGUUUUAGGUAGUCACUGUGAACAUCCUUUUUACUGGCCAGCUUUUUGUCAGAUGCUAAUAAAAUCAUGCUGAACAUAAUAUACUAUAUUCAAACUGCGGUUCAGACCAUUAAAAAAAAAAAAAAAAAAAAAAAGUCUGGUGGGCUUUUGAGUUACGUAGCCUUUUUUUUUUAACUUAUUAGCACUAAACUGUGUGAACACAGUCAAGCAAACCAGAAAAGAGAGGGAGUGUAUUGCCUUUUCAAGCCCUAAAACUAACCCUCUACAAUCUG